GUACUUGUAAUAGAGACAAGACAAGAACGGUAACAGUUACAAUAUAAUAUAUAGUGAUAUAUACUGUUUCAUUUCUUGUUUUCUCUCAAAAAACCAAACUCACUUAUGGAACCAGAAUCCAUAGCUUCAUCUUCUCGAAAUCCUUCUCAGUUGUCAUGGAUUAACUUGUCUAGGAAUUUGUUGUUAGCAUAUCAAAGCUUUGGUGUUGUAUAUGGAGAUCUAAGCACAUCGCCUCUCUAUGUAUAUAAAAGUACAUUUGAAGGAAAGUUGCAGAAUCACCAUGAUGAAGAAACUAUCUUUGGUGUUUUUUCGUUGAUUUUCUGGACUCUUACAUUAAUACCGUUGCUUAAAUAUGUAUUCAUCCUAUUGAGCGCCGAUGAUAACGGUGAAGGUGGAACAUUUGCUCUUUAUUCACUGCUCUGCAGGCAUGCCAAAUUUAACUUGCUUCCCAAUCAACAAGCUGCCGAUGAGGAGCUGUCGUCAUACAAAUACGGUCCUUCAUCGCAAACUGGAGCCUCGUCUCCGCUGAAGACGUUUUUGGAGAAGCACAAACGGUCAAGAACAGUUCUUCUUGUUGUCGUACUGUUUGGUGCUUGCAUGGUCAUAGGUGAUGGCGUACUUUCUCCAGCUAUUUCAGUUCUGGCAUCGGUAUCAGGAUUAAAAGUUACGGAAACAAAAUUCAACGAUGGCGAACUUGUCCUGCUAGCAUGUCUCAUACUGGUUGGCCUUUUUGCUCUCCAACAUUGCGGAACACACAGAGUUGCAUUUAUGUUUGCACCAAUUGUAAUCAUCUGGCUUCUAUCGAUUUUUAUUCUUGGGAUCUAUAAUACGAUAUACUGGAAUCCAAAAAUAGUCUUUGCUAUCUCCCCACAUUAUAUCAUCAAGUUCUUCAUCAAGACUAGUACUCAGGGUUGGAUUUCUCUCGGAGGGAUACUUCUCUGUAUUACUGGAGCCGAAGCUAUGUUUGCAGAUCUUGGUCAUUUUACUGCUUCGUCAAUAAGGCUUGCCUUUGCUUUUGUUAUAUACCCGUGUUUGGUAAUGCAAUACAUGGGCCAAGCAGCUUUUUUGUCUAAAAACCUCGAGUCCGUUCAUAAUAGUUUUUAUGACUCAAUACCUGGACCUGUAUUUUGGCCUGUCUUUGUUAUUGCUACCAUGGCCGCUAUUGUUGGUAGUCAAGCUACUAUCACUGCUACUUUCUCUAUCAUCAAGCAGUGUCAUGCACUUGGUUGUUUUCCCCGCGUCAAAGUCGUACACACCUCGAAACACAUAUUUGGACAGAUCUACAUCCCAGAAAUUAACUGGAUACUUAUGGUCCUGACUCUUGCUGUAACCGUUGGAUUUCAGGACAUAACCUUAAUUGGAAAUGCUUAUGGACUUGCUUGUAUGACGGUUAUGUUCAUAACCUCAUUUCUGAUGGCGCUCGUCAUAGUCUUCAUCUGGCAGAAAAGCAUCCUGAUUGCUACAAUAUUCCUUUUGUUCUUUUGGAUUGUUGAAGGCGUGUAUCUAUCAGCGGCGUUCCUAAAAGUGCACCAAGGAGGAUGGGUUCCUCUUGUCUUGUCCUUCUUCUUCUUGAUUGUUAUGUAUGUGUGGCAUUACGGUAUUCGUAGGAAGUACAAAUAUGAUCUACACAACAAAGUUUCAUUAAAAUGGUUACUAGGUUUGGGCCCUAGUCUCGGAAUUGUCCGUGUCCCAGGGAUUGGACUCAUCUACUCGGAACUUGCAACCGGAAUACCGUCGAUAUUCACUCACUUUGUAACUAACCUUCCUGCAUUUCACAAGGUAUUGGUCUUUGUUUGCGUCAAAUCGGUCCCUGUACCAUAUGUCUCACCGGAAGAACGUUUUCUGAUUGGCCGAGCUUGUCCACGACCAUAUCGAAUGUAUAGGUGCGUUGUUAGAUAUGGGUACAAGGAUAUUAAAAGGGAUGAUGGAGAGUUUGAGAAUCAUCUCAUACAAAGUAUAAUGGAGUUUAUCCAGAUGGAGGCAGUGGAACCGCAAAUCUCGAGUUCCGAAGCUUCUUCUUCAUUUGAUGGGAGGAUGGCUGUUAUAGGUACCAGAAGCUUCGAAUCAACUCCAAGCUUGAUUUCGGCCGAGCAAGAAGAUGUUGAUAUCGACGAAAGCAUCCCUAGUAGCAGAUCUAUAACCCUGCGGCGCUUGCAAUCAACUUUUGACGAUGAAAACCCGCAAGUCAGAAGGCGUCGAGUAAGGUUUCAACUGCCUAACAAUCCUGGAUUGGAUCAUGCUGUUAAAGAAGAGCUUUUAGAUUUAAUCCAAGCCAAGGAGGCUGGAGUUGCGUAUAUUAUGGGACACUCGUAUGUGAAGGCAAGGAAAUCUUCAUCGUUCUUGAAAAAGCUUGUGAUCGAUAUGGGAUACUCGUUUCUGCGAAAGAAUUGCAGGGGUCCAGCUGUGGCUCUCAACAUUCCUCACAUCAGUCUUAUCGAAGUUGGAAUGAUAUAUUAUGUCUAGGUUGUGAAAUUUUACCAUUUAGGUUAGAUAUUCCUAGUAGUUACAAAUCGACAUUAGAAACAAGUUUUCAAGAUGGAGCCGGAUUCUUGAUUUUAUCAUUGCUUCUGCUGCUAUACUUCCAUUUUGUAAAUUUUACAUCCUUUUUCACUAUACUUGAAUGAUAGUCAUUGAACUUCGAUUUUUCUCGAUUUUAAAGCUUUGAGAAAUGAUAUAUGAUACAACAUUAUGGUGUUGUUUGCUCCGG